AUGAAGAUCCUGGUCUUGGUCUUGGUUUGCCUACACCUCUCAGAGGGUGUGGAAAGAAUCAUUCUUAAAAAAGGCAAGUCUAUCCGCCAGACAAUGGAGGAGAAGGGAGUCCUGGAGAAGUUCCUAAAGAACCACCGAAAGGAGGACCCGGCUGCCAAGUAUCAUUUCAACAACGAUGCUGUUGCUUAUGAGCCCAUCACUAACUACUUGGAUGCUUUCUAUUUUGGGGAGAUAAGUGUGGGGACACCACCCCAAAACUUCCUCGUCCUCUUUGACACGGGCUCUUCCAAUCUGUGGGUUCCCUCCACCUAUUGCCAGAGCCAGGCCUGCUCCAACCACAACAGGUUCAACCCCAGCCUGUCCUCCACCUUCAGAAACAACGGGCAAACCUACACCCUGUCCUACGGGAGCGGCAGCCUGAGUGUGGUCCUGGGCUAUGACACCGUGACCGUUCAGAACAUCGUCGUCCAGAACCAAGAGUUCGGCCUGAGCGAGAACGAGCCCAACAACCCCUUCUAUUACUCAGACUUUGAUGGCAUCCUGGGGAUGGCCUACCCCAACAUGGCGGUGGGCAGUGCCCCCACCGUCAUGCAGGGGAUGCUGCAGCAGGGCCAGCUCAGCCUGCCCAUCUUCAGCUUCUACUUCUCGCGCCAACCAACCCGUCAGUACGGCGGAGAGCUCAUCCUGGGCGGUGUGGACAACCAGCUGUAUUCUGGUCAGAUCGUCUGGGCCCCGGUCACCCAGGAAAUGUACUGGCAGAUCGCCAUUCAGGAGUUUGCCAUCGGUAACCAGGCCACGGGCUGGUGCUCUGAGGGCUGCCAGGCCAUCGUGGACACAGGCACCUUCCUGCUGGCCGUUCCCCAGCAGUACAUGGGCUCCUUCCUGCAAGCGACAGGAGCCCAGCAGGCGCAGAAUGGAGAUUUCGUGGUCGCCUGCGACUCCGUGCAGAGUUUGCCCACCAUCACCUUCAUCAUCAGCGGGUCCCAGUUCCCUCUGCCUCCCUCCGCCUAUGUCCUCAACAACAACGGCUACUGCAGGCUGGGCAUCGAGGCCACGUACCUGCCCUCCCCCAACGGGCAGCCGCUGUGGAUCCUGGGGGACGUCUUCCUCAAGGAAUACUACUCGGUCUACGACAUGGCCAGCAACAGGGUGGGCUUCGCCGCGGCCGCCUAG